AGAAACCUGCACUGUUAAUCAAUUCAAACGUCCGCUAGCAUAAUGAUUAGUACGUUUGCGCCUGCAAGUUCAACAUCACGCAUCCAACUCACGUCCAUGGCACAGUUGGCCGAGGUACGUAUCAGGCCGCUUCAAUCACCAAGACGACAUGACUUGCUCACUGCGUACAGGCCAUAAGUAGGGAAGGUGACUGGACUGGGGCCAAGGAUGCCGCAACCCGCAGACGGGCACACACUAGACUCAACACAAGGGCAUACUGUAAAGAAGGCCUUGUUCUCUCUUUCCCCCAAUAUCAGGACGCAGGACCAGUCCUAUCCGGGGGACCUAAUUAUCGAAUCUAACGGCUCAGUAGGAAAACGCAAAGCCCUAGCAAAUAAAGUCGAAGCAUCCAGUGCCGCAACGGGACACUGAUCAAAUCAGGAGUGCUGGUAGAAUGCUGGGACAUUGGGCAGCAAUCCAACUCCAUGGUCCCAGCAUCCCGUAUCAAGCAACUAUAUAAUACUAGAAGUCCCUUGCUGCCAGAUAAACCUAGAAAAGAGCACUUGAACAUGGUCUUCCCCCUCUAUCCAGACCAUCUUAUUACACUCCUCCAAUUCAGCGCCCUCCGCGCCAUGGACGUCAAUCGUGAACUAAUCUCGGGUAUCCUUCUCACCCCGCUCGACUGUAACAAGGAAGUUACCCACGUCAUCCCUUACUAUACGAGGCCUGAGCUACUCCCCCUAGCGCUCCUGCACACCAGCCUUCAACAAAUGCUGCCGCACGGCGACUGGGUCGACCUGUUCCCGUGUCCUGAGGGACGAGACCGCCUGAUCCGGGCCGCUGGCACCUUCGACGAAGAUGAGCUGUGGGCCGACUGCAUCGGCGGGCUAUACGAGGGCUUCCCAGACGACGAGAUCGAGCGACGCGGCAUUAUUGCGUGGUCGCCGCCCUGGGACAUCACGGGGUGGGAGAUGUCGGAAGGGUUUCUGAGGAAAUGGGGGUGGUUGUUCAAAGGGUUGCCGGGAGCGUUAGAGGCGACAAAUCGGUGGCGGAUGGAGAGAGGCGAGGAGCCAUUUGUUCAUGAUGACUGUACGGCACAUGAGACUGUGUGAUGUUUGUGUUGUCCGGUACUUCUUCGUCAUUGAUCAGCGGAGUCCUCCAUUCUUCGUGCACAUCCCUGGGCAGUUUUUUGGCUAUGGCACUUGCUUUUCAUAAAGAGAGGGCAGAAAAGCAGAUAAUUGAC